GUUCAGCUACUAUGGAGCAACAAGCCAGAGCUCAGACUGGAGACAUGUACAAGUUUGUGCCACAGAAAUCUAGCAGAUUUAUACAAAAUACGUUUGUCUAUUGAAGAAAAACAAGGAAGGAAAGAAGAGAGGAGAGUGGCAACAAAAAGCUUGUUAUGAGGAUGAAACCAAUGUUAGUGUUCCAGUGAUUUUGUGUGCAUCAACAUCAAGAAAAUGUAUCAUGAGAAAGCAGCGCUGAUAACGGAUGCGAGUCAGACCUGAGCUCAUACUGCCUCCCUGUCCAGCAACAAUACUUUAAUGGUUGGAACUGCCCGCCCCAACCUACAUUACUGCCCUCGCAGACACAGCCUGAUGAUCACCGGUGCCAUGGGAGCGGUGCGGGUAAAUAGAUACAGCAUCGUUGCCACAGAUGAAGAUGUCCUGAAGAUCUCCAGCCUGGGCCUCCACAACGGCCACAGUCCUCUGAAUCAGCAGAUACUGUCUGGAACCUGUAUGCGGGGUGAGGAAGGAGGAGGAGAUUGUCCAGGAGGGAACGAGGGAAGAGGAGCUUUGUCUUUGAGAGUGACAAAUGAGCCCAUCAUCCACAGCAGCUGCCGAGCUUCACCUUCAUGUCAUCUCGGUCUUGAUCUGGGCUCUGGCCGCCUGCGCAGCCGCUUUGUGAAGAAGAACGGCCAGUGCAAUGUGGUAUUCAACAACAUGGAGGGUAAGCCACGACGAUACCUGGCUGACAUUUUCACUACCUGUGUGGACAUACGCUGGCGUUAUCUUCUGCUCAUUUUCACUACCACUUUCCUUCUUUCUUGGCUGUUGUUUGGCGUGGUUUUCUGGGGAGUGGCACUAAUUCAUGGAGACUUUAAUCUUCAUAUUCCUUUGGAGGAAGGGGAUACUCAAAGCAACGGAGAAGGCGAAUGGCGGCCAUGUAUUCUCCACAUCCAGGGGUUCAUUGGAGCAUUCCUAUUCUCGAUAGAGACUCAGACCACCAUUGGAUAUGGUUUCCGAUGUGUCACUGAAGAGUGCCCAGUUGCUGUUGUGACCGUUGUGGUCCAGUCGAUUGUGGGCUGCAUUAUUGACUCUUUCAUGAUUGGCACCAUCAUGGCAAAGAUGGUGCGGCCCAAGAAGCGGGCACAGACCUUGCUGUUUUCGCAUUAUGCCGUCAUUUCUAUGAGAGACGGUAAGCUGUGCCUCAUGUGGCGCCUAGGGAACAUGCGCAAGAGCCACAUUGUCGAAGCACAUGUGCGUGCUCAGCUCAUUAGGCCACAUGUGACGGCCGAGGGCGAGUAUCUCCCUUUGGAACAAACAGACAUUGAUGUUGGCUAUGAUGACGGGCUGGAUCGGCUGUUCCUGGUAUCGCCACUGGUUGUGGUCCACGAGAUCAACGAGAACAGUCCUCUGUAUAACAUGAGCCGCGCCGACUUGCUCAAGGAAGAGUUUGAGAUUGUGGUCAUCCUGGAGGGGAUGGUGGAGGCCACAGCUAUGACCACACAAGCCCGGAGCUCCUACUUGUCCAAGGAGGUCCUGUGGGGUCACCGCUUUGAGCCUGUGGUAUUUGAGAAGGGUGCACGCUACCACGUGGACUAUUCCCGUUUUCACAAGUCCUACGAAGUGCCAUCUACACCUCACUGCAGUGCCAAGGAACUGAGUCAGAUGAAGGGCCGUGGCGGGCAAUCCUCAUCCUCCAGCUCGAGUUACUCCAGGUCUCCAUCACCAUUUACAAAGAGGGCAGCCCGCCACCUCAUGGGCCCACACUCCCCCAGCGCUUUCUGCUACGAGAACGAGGUAGCUUUGUGCUGCGGGGAUGACGAGGAUGAGGAGAAUGUGAAAGAGGAGGCAGGGAGCCUGAACAUCAGAAGUGAAAGAGAGGACAUUCAUUUGGGUUUCAAAGAGACAUUUGUGGAGGAGCAGAAGGUGGAGAUGCUGUGUGUUCUGGACACGGAGAAUCAGAUCAGCCUUGACAGACUACAGCCUACCCUACCUUUAUACAUUAGCAGAGAGUCAGGGGUCUAAUCAAUGAUCAUGGCUGCACUUACAAAUGUUUAUUCUUUGUCCGUGUGCAUCCAACCAAAGUAUUGAACUAGUGUACAAAUUAAAGAUGGAGGAUGACAUUUAAAUUGUAUUUCUAGAGGAUGAAAUGGUUAUUUUUUCACAAAAUCCACUCAUAACUUAUAACUUUCUCUUGUUUCAGACAUUAUACACCUUCAGUUGUAACAUCAGCAUCUAAACAACGCACAGCUCAUCUACUUUUAAACAUGGUGACCAGGUAUUUCUCUCAAAUCAUGAGGUAUCUUGAACAUUUUAUUGCUUUCUUGUUUUAUUCAUUAUGAAAGUGUAUGAUAUAUAGUUAAGUCAAGCGUUUUGUUCUUGAUUUCCAUUCAGUUUUUGUAAAUAUGAUAUGCUUUUGUUUAAUAUUGAAAUGGUUAUGCAUCAAAUAAAUACAUGUUACGGGAAAGCCAUGUAUUUUAAAGGCAGCAUGAUGCACAUGCUCACACUUCCACACAAUUCCACUCUG